CUUUAAUAGUAAGGGUGCAGUAUUUCUUCUCUUAAUGGUUUGGUAUGUUUUCUCUUUUAAUUACCUCCGCAAAAUGAUCGUAAUGUUUGGUGUGUAAUUAGUGAUCGUAUGUGUGUGUUUUUCGGGUUUAAUAGUUUGGUUAACUGUAGAAUCAAGUGAGAAGAAUGUUGAGAUUAUCGGAUCAAGAAAAUCGGAGGGUGGUUGAUUUCCAAAAGGUGCAUGAAAAAGCUAAAGAAACGGGUUUCGGUCGAGUGUUUCGUUCUCCUACGCUAUUUGAGGACAUGAUUAAGUGUAUGCUCUUGUGCAAUUGCCAGUGGUCGAGGACUUUAAGCAUGGCUCAAUCACUCUGCGAGCUUCAGUCGGAAUUGCAAAAUCCAUUACCCAACGCCUCAAAUAUUACGGCACCUAAAAGCCCGAAAACCGAAGUCAACCUUUUCGCUCCGAAAACUCCCGCUCGAAAAGAGUCAAAUAAAAAGUCUCGACUCGAAGUAGAUUGUUAUGCCAGCACUACGAUUGCGAAUUUUCCGAGCCCGAGUGAAUUAGCUAACCUCGAAGUCGAAUUCUUGGCGAAGCGGUGCAAUCUUGGAUAUAGAGCUUCUCGUGUAAUAAAUCUUGCUCGGGGAGUAAUUGAAGGGAGCGUAAAAUUGACCGAAAUCGAAUUUGCGUGUGAAUAUGAUACGGUAAGUAAUUUAUCCGAUUACGAUAAGCUGGCCGAGAAGUUGAGAGUAAUUGAUGGAUUCGGACCUUUUACGUGUGCGAAUGUGCUCAUGUGCAUCGGCUAUUACCAUGUUAUUCCAACCGAUUCCGAAACUAUUCGGCAUCUCAAACAGGUUCAUGCAAAAACGUCCACGAAAAAAACAAUCGAAAGAGAUCUUGAAGAUAUUUACGGAAAAUAUGCACCGUUUCAGUUUCUGGCUUACUGGUCAGAAGUGUGGCGGUUCUACGAGGAAUGGUUCGGAAACCUAAGCGAAAUGCCGAGGUCUAGUUAUAAACUGAUUACUGCUGCAAAUAUGAGACCGAAAAAGGCGAGUGGAAGUAAAAGGACGAAAGUACCCCUGGAAGAUGGUUCUACGAAGAAAACACGGAGGCUUAAUUCUUGAUUAUCGCCGAGUUUUCUUAGUCAUGUUUAUGAUUAAUUUACUAACUAGUAACUAUAUAUAUUAGGAAAAAAUUUAAUUUGUUACUGAAAUUCAAUUCCCAACAAGUGGUAUGUUAAUUAUUGUAAGAAUGAUAUUCUGUCACAAAAGUUGAUGGCUGACUGUACAUUAAGCUGCAUUAAUGAACUAAUAAAGCUGGUUAUCUUUUUGUAGAUGUCUGAAAA